AUGACAUCUAGUAUUCCAAAAUAUCCUAAUUUGCUGUCUAGAUCUAAUUUUAAGAUUGAUUCUUCUUUGAUAAAACCAGAGCAAUUAAAGAUAAUUAUCAAUUGGAUCAGAAAUGAAAAAAACAUCAAUUCUACUCCACCUAAAAAUAAAUACACAUUUACUCUUUUAUACAAGGCAUCACGUGAUGGUUUUCAAAAUAAUACAUUUAAUGAUCAAUGUGUAAGUCAAGGUUCUUGUCUUGUAGUUACAAAAUGUAAUGAAACAAACAAGAUUAUUGGUGGAUAUACUUCAGUUGGAUUUAUUUAUCAGAAUGACUUUUAUGCUGAUUCUCAAAGUUUUUUAUUUUCUUUUAAUUUUAAUGAAGUCAAAAAGCCAAUCAUUUGUCGUAUACAAAACUCCAGUUAUGCUCUUUAUAAUGAUUAUAAUGAUGGUUAUUUGUAUAAUCUUCAUAAUCAUAAUAAUCGUAAUUAUCAUUAUAGUCAUGAUGGUUAUAAUAAUAGUAUUUUUAAUUUUGGAUGUGGUGAUUUAAUGAUGGAUAAUAAUAUUAUUAAUUGUAAUGGUGGCAAUAAUUAUUACAAAAAGGUUAAUUUACUCAAUAAUAAUACAAAUAAUUUUAAUGCAAGUGAAAUUGAG